GCCUUUGGCCAGCCAGAAGCUGGGCUCUUUGCUGCUGGUCGCCGAGUGUCUUUUUCAGGAGGAGCCAUGGCGCUCAGGGUCACUAGGAGCACGAAACUUAACACGGAAAAUAAGGCCAAGGUCAGCAUGGCAGGCGCCAAGCGUGUGCCUUUGGCAAUUGCUGCAGCCUCCAAGCCCGGGCUGAGACCAAGAACCGCUCUUGGAGAUAUUGGUAACAAAGUCAGCGAACAGGCACAGGCAAGACUGCCUCUGAAAAAGGAACUAAAAACUUCAGUUACUGGGAAAGUUUCAGCUAAAAUCCCACCAAAACUUCUGGAGAAGGUUCCUGUGAGUGAGCCAGAGGUGGAAAUUACUGAGCCUGAGCCCGAGCCUGAACCUGUUAUGGAAGAAAAACUUUCUCCUGAACCUAUUUUGGUUGAUAAUCCCUCUCCAAGCCCAAUGGAAACAUCUGGAUGUGCCCCUGCAGAAGAAUAUUUGUGUCAGGCUUUCUCUGAUGUAAUUCUUGCUGUGAGUGAUGUGGAUGCAGAUGAUGGAGCUGACCCAAACCUCUGCAGUGAAUAUGUGAAAGACAUACAUGCUUAUCUCAGACAACUGGAGGAAGAACAGUCAGUUAAACCAAAAUACCUACUGGGCCGUGAAGUCACUGGAAACAUGAGAGCCAUCCUAAUUGACUGGCUGAUACAGGUUCAGAUGAAAUUUAGGCUGCUACAGGAGACCAUGUACAUGACUGUUUCCAUUAUUGACCGGUUCAUGCAGGAUAAUUGUGUGCCCAAGAAGAUGCUGCAGCUGGUUGGUGUGACUGCUAUGUUUAUUGCAAGUAAAUAUGAAGAAAUGUACCCUCCAGAAAUAGGUGACUUUGCUUUUGUGACUAACAAUACUUAUACCAAGCACCAAAUCAGACAGAUGGAAAUGAAGAUUCUGAGAGUUCUAAACUUCAGUUUGGGUCGCCCUCUGCCUCUGCACUUCCUCCGUAGAGCAUCUAAAAUUGGAGAGGUUGAUGUUGAACAGCAUACUUUGGCCAAAUACCUCAUGGAGCUCACGAUGCUGGACUACGACAUGGUGCACUUCCCUCCUUCUCAAAUUGCAGCUGGAGCUUUUUGCUUAGCACUGAAAAUCCUUGACAACGGUGAAUGGACCCCGACUCUGCAGCACUACCUGUCCUACACGGAAGAAUCCCUUUUGCCUGUUAUGCAGCACCUGGCUAAGAAUAUAGUCACAGUGAACCGCGGCCUUACAAAGCACAUGACUGUCAAGAAUAAGUAUGCAACCUCCAAGCAUGCUAAGAUCAGCACUCUGGCGCAGCUGAAUUGUACACUGGUUCAAAAUUUGGCCAAGGCUGUGGCAAAGGCAUAACUCAAGUAGACCACCACUACAUCUGCACAUGUGAUUGGCACCAUGUGCCGCCUGUACAUAGUAUACAUUGCUUGUUCUUCAAUAAAGGUCCUUUUACUUUCAUAGA